CUCUCUGCUCUGACAUCACUGGUGCAGAACAGAGUAUGCGCCAGCAUCACCUGCAGCAUCUCAAUGUCAGGCUUCUCUCUCAGUCUGAGCUAGAGCUGUGCACAGCCACUCCCUCAUACUGCUCGCAGGAUGGUGGAGGCUGAGGUUGAGUCAAAGCUGGUUCACAAUCUGUCUAUCAGCAAAGCGCAGCUCUCUAAGCCCCUGUCUCCUUCCCUUUCCUUUCAGCACGAUGUCUUCGCCCCCUGGUUCAAGAAGAACCUGUGCAAGAAGGAAUGUUUCUUCUUUGAGAAGGACAAAAGUGAGGAUAUAUGCAAGUGUGGCAACUUGAAGACUGAUCAUGUGGUUGAAGCCAUCAAGCCAGAGGACUUCGUGGGUGAGUCGUGGAACAAACUCAGACACAUCCGUGAAGUCCCCACUGACGCUUUUGGAGACAUCAGCUUUGGCGGUUUGGGACAGAAGAUUGGCAAGUAUGCGCGAGUGUCCACGGAAACCAGUCCAGAUAUUUUGUAUCAGUUGUUGACUGAGCAGUGGAAGCUCACACCUCCAAACUUGCUGAUCUCAGUGACUGGAGGAGCAAAGAACUUUUAUCUGAAGGCUGGACUGAAGAAUAUGUUCCACAGAGGUCUUAUUAAAGUGGCCCAGACAACAGGUGCAUGGAUCAUCACCGGUGGUACCCACACAGGCGUGAUGAAGCAUGUUGGACAGGCGGUGAGGGAUUAUGCCCUGAGCAGCUCCAUGCAGGGCCAGAUUGUAGCCAUUGGAGUGGCCACAUGGGGAACGCUGCACAACAGGAAGACUUUGGUUAAUCCAGAAGGUUCUUUCCCUGCAGAAUAUGUGACAGAUGUCCAGGGUCAGGGCCGAAUGUGCUGCAUUGACAACAACCACACCCACUUCUUGCUCGUGGACGAUGGGACUCAUGGACAUUACGGUGUGGAGAUCGAACUGCGCAGCCGUCUGGAGAAAUGCAUUUCUGAGAAGCGUCUUGGAAGCCAAGAGAGUUGUGUGACAAUCCCAGUGGUGUGUGUGGUUUUAGAUGGAGGACCAGGUACUCUCAAUACCAUCUAUAAUGCCAUGCUAAAUGGGACACCAUGUGUGAUCUUAGAGGGCUCUGGGAGAAUAGCUGAUGUGAUUGCUCAGGUGUCAGGUUUGCCAGUCUGCAGGGUCACUAUUGCCCUCAUGCAUCAGUUAAUGAAAAAGUUCUUUGGACACGAGUAUCAAAGGUUCUGUGACCUCAAGAUUAUAGAAUGGACCAAGAAGAUUGUGUUUGUUUUUCUCAUCCAGAUUCAGGACAUAAUCAGGAUGCCACAUUUGCUGACAGUCUUCAGAGUGAGUGAGGAUAAGCACGGGGAUCUGGACGUGGCAAUUCUACAAGCUUUACUGAAAGCUUCAAGAUUCAGUGAAUCUUUGGGAAUUGAGAGCUGGAAGAGGCAGUUGGAACUGGCCAUAGCUUGGAACCGGGUGGACAUUGCAGAAACAGGGAUCUUUAUUGAGGAGAGCCACUGGAAGUCCAGUGACCUCCACUGGGCCAUGUUCUCAGCCCUGGUUGGCCACAAGCCUCAGUUUGUAAACUUGUUGGUGGAGAACGGAGUGAGUCUCAAGGAUUUCCUCCAGGAAGAGGGUAUGCUGUGCGAACUCUACAAACAGAUGCCCAACUGCCUCUUUCUCCGUAAACUGGCCAAGCGGGUCCAGAGUAGUCAAAGGAACAAGAGGCAAGGGUUCCACAUCAGGUCUCAUGGUAUAUCAAGACAAACUCCAAGCAUCUCAAUGGUUCACGUCUCCAGCGUGGUGCAGCACUUGCUGGGUAGUUUUACUCAGCCUCUCUACCCUCUCAUCACCAUGAGAUAUCACAUCAACAAGACUCUGGAGGAUACAUCUAUAUGUCUCUCAGGUAAAGACCAGGGCGGCGUCCAGGCUCCUCUUCGAGAGGAUGGUUCUGACGCUCACAUUGAUCCAGGCAGAGACCUUUUCCUUUGGGCUGUUGUCCAAAACAAUAAAGAACUGGCUGAAAUUGCAUGGGAGCAGUGUAGGGACUGCAUGUCUGCUGCUCUGGCAGCCACUAAAAUCCUCAGGAAAAUGGCUGACGAGGGAAGUGAUGCAGAUGAGGCAGCGGCCAUGAGACAGCUCUCCAAUCACUACGAGAAACAUGCCAUCGGUGUGUUCACUGAGUGCUACAACAAUGACCAGCAACGAGCUCUGAAGCUGCUGGUUCGAGCAUCUCCUUCUUGGGGAAGGACGACAUGCCUGAGGCUGGCACUGGAGGCUGAUGAUAAAAACUUUGUGGCACACUCUGGCGUUCAGACUCUUCUAACUCAGAUCUGGUGCGGCGAACUGUCAGUGGACAAUCCUGUGUGGCAAGUGCUGAUGUGCAUGUUCUUUUUCCCAUUGAUCUACAUGGGAUUUCUGUUAUUCAGGCGUGAUGAGGUCAUCCACAAAGAGGCGGAGAAGAAUGAGGAGCUGAAAACCUUGGAGACAAUGACAGGAAGCACUCUUAGGAAGCAUUCUCAUAGCUUUGACCUCUUCAACAGAAAGCGACUGAAUCCUCUGAGCUGCUGGUCCAGGCUGAUGGGCCUCUACGGAUCACCACAGGUCAAAUUCUGCUGGCAUAUUUUGUCCUAUUUUGCCUUCCUUUUCCUGUUUUCUGUGGUCCUAAUGGUGGACUUCCAAGCCACACCCUCUGCAGGGGAGGUGCUUCUCUACAUCUGGCUCUUCUCUUUGGUGUGUGAGGAGGUCAGACAGCUGUUUCAUGAUCCUGAUGGCUUUGGGUUACAUAAAAAAGCCAAGAUGUAUAUUAACGAGUUAUGGAAUAUACUCGAUGUGCUGUCCAUCAUCCUUUUUAUUAUAGGGCUCGUGUUUAGGCUGAUGACCAAACUCUUCUAUGCGGGCAAAAUCAUCCUCUGCAUCGAUUUUGUUGUCUUCUGCCUCCGUGUGAUGGCAAUCUUCACUAUCAGCCGGACUCUAGGCCCCAAAAUCAUCAUCCUCAGAAGAAUGAUGAUGGAUAUGUUCUUCUUCAUGUUCCUACUGAGCAUCUGGGUGGUGGCGUACGGUGUAGCCAAACAGGGCAUCCUUAUCCACAAUGAGAGUCGACUGGACUGGAUUGUGCGUGGGGCAGUUUACGAACCGUACCUUGUCAUAUUUGGGAAUGUUCCGACAAACAUUGACAAUGCUGAAUUCAACAUCGAUUCCUGCAGCAUGAAUGGCACUGACCCGCUGAAGCCAAAAUGUCCCGUUCUGAAUGAAAACGAAACACCAGCGUUCCCCGAGUGGCUCACUAUCAUCAUGCUGUGUGUUUAUUUGCUCUUUGCCAACAUACUCCUGCUCAACCUGCUCAUUGCGAUCUUCAACUUUACAUUCGAGGAAGUGCAAGACAACACAGACAGAAUAUGGAAGUUCCAAAGAUAUGAGCUAAUCAAAGAAUACUACAGUCGCCCUGCUGCCCCUCCUCCUUUCAUCAUCCUCAGUCAUCUUUAUCUUUUCAUCAGGAACGUGCUGCUAUGCCGGGCCUCCUCCAAAUCCACAGAGUUCAAGAAAGUGUUACCUCAGAAUGAAGAAGAAGAGCUGUUGUCCUGGGAAGCCUUGAUGAAGGACAGAUACCUUCUCUCCAUGCAGGAGGCACAGAGCCAAAGCACGGAACAGCACAUCCUCGACACAGCCCACAAGAUUAACACCAUAACUGAUCGGCUGGAACGGGAAGAAGAGAUGACCUCAGCUGCCAUACUAAAGAGACUGGCUCGACUGGAGGAGCAGACAAUGCAGUCUGUCAAAGCCCUGCAGUGGAUCAUGGAAAACAUCAGACCUCAUGGCACUGCAGCGGAAGAAGCACAUCUGCUAUCAACUACCACAGAUGGCGAGUCCCCAGAAACUUUGCCAAAUAUGUCCGAGAAAGACGAGCCUGUUCUCCAUGUCAUUGCUCGUCAAUUAUACUAUCCGAAUAGUAAAAUUACACGUUUUCCUGUGCCUGAAGAGAUGGUGCAAUGGGAGGUCAGCUUCAGCACAUACGAGCCACUUUAUUAUUCCUCGGACGACGGUGGAGACCAAAUGGAUGGAUCAGGAUGUGAAACUGUUGACAAUCACAGAAACCCAGGAGGUAGGACAGGCAUCAGGGGGCGAGGUGCCCUUGCACACCUGGGUCCAAAUCUGAACACAGAACUGGUGAUUACUCGCUGGCGGGACAGUGAGCAAUCCAUCUUGGAGUUCCUUGUCAUUUGGGACCAGCACCAAAGGGUCUGGGUUUUACCUGGGGGACUCAUGGAUUCUGCUGACAAGCUCCCGGUCAACCUCAAACAAAUCAUGGGAAAGAAGCUUUAUGAAAACCUAAACACAAAAAUUUCAGAGGGAGCCAAGGUGUAUGAGGGCUAUGUGGAUGACUGCAGGAACACAGAUAAUGCCUGGGUGGAAACCACUGUCCUAAAUAUUCACCUGGCUAGAACAAGCCAAGUCAUGGUCGACAUCAACCAUGUGGUGGCGACCAGCCGCAGCUCCCUUCAGUUGAUCCAGUGGCAGGAACUGAGCAACAAAACAGGACUGUGCUCCAACCAAAGAGUUUACCUGCGACACGUUGCUGGGCUGCACAACAGGAAGUUCUAAUGUUCAGCCUGUGGAAGCCUCAGAUGUGUGUCCACUUACAGGGACUUCUCUGCCUGUUUAACUUAUGUCUGAUGGAAAUGAAUUAUUUUGCACUGAAACCACUUGAUAAAAAAGCAAGAUGCCAAAGCCAUGAUGUAUGUCAAUAUGCUGCAGCAGAUCUUUUUUUAGUUUUUGCACAUAUCUAAACAUCUAAAAGCAGAUGUUUACUGUGUACUGUGAUGUGCAUUUAAAUCCAGACUGCGUACGUGCUCAUGACCACUGUGAAUAAAUACUAAUGCUGACCUCCUA